CGCACCAGCCCCCCUGCUUGGUCGCGUGCUUUCUGGAGCAGCCAAUGGCGUAGCAGUCCGCGUGCGCAGAUUCAAACGGCGGCUCUGGAAAGAGGCUGGGCGCGAGAUUCGGCGGCAGGGACAAAAAAAAGAAGAGAAAGGAGCCAGCGAGGGUGGAGGCGGCGGCGGCGGCGCCUGGGGCAAAGCAGCCCUGCCGGAGGAGCUCCGAGCCGUGACAGCCGAGCGAGGCCCCAGGCGGGGGACUUGGAGCCCGGCUUCCCAUCCCUUUCGCUGGGCGUAAGGCCAUGUCCCCCAUGCGGGGGGCGAGGCGCGGCCGGGGCUGAAAGGCAGCCGCGCCCCCCUCCCCGCCCCCUGGGGGCUGCGCGCCUUGGCCGGUGGUGACAGCCGCGCUCCCUUCUUCUCGCCUUCCUUAUGGUGCGCGCCAAGGAUGGCGAAGAGGCCGCGCAGUGAGGAAGAUGAUGAUGACCUUCACUAUGCAGAUCAUGACUAUGAAGUACCACAACAAAAAGGAAUGAAGAAGAUAUGUAACAGAGUAAAAUGGACGCGUGAUGAGGAUGAAAAGCUGAAGAAGCUAGUAGAACAGCAUGGUACAAGUGACUGGACAUUUAUUGCUAGUCAUCUACAAAAUCGUUCUGAUUUUCAGUGCCAGCACCGUUGGCAAAAAGUCCUGAAUCCAGAACUUAUUAAAGGCCCCUGGACUAAGGAAGAGGAUCAGAGGGUUAUUGAGCUUGUUCAGAAAUAUGGUCCAAAGCGUUGGUCUUUGAUUGCAAAGCACUUAAAAGGAAGAAUAGGGAAGCAAUGUCGAGAACGAUGGCAUAAUCACCUUAAUCCUGAGGUAAAGAAAUCUUCAUGGACUGAGGAGGAGGACAGGAUCAUCUAUGAAGCUCACAAACGCUUGGGAAAUCGAUGGGCUGAAAUUGCGAAGUUGCUUCCCGGAAGGACUGACAAUUCUAUCAAAAAUCAUUGGAACUCCACAAUGCGAAGAAAAGUAGAACAAGAAGGAUAUUUACAAGAUGGAAUCAAGACUGAGCGACCUUGUUCGUCAAAACUGCCACACAAAACUUGUGCAUCUACAGACCAUAUUCAUACUCCAAAUCAGUUUUACAUACCAGUGCAGGCACAUAUCCCAGGAUAUCAGUAUGUUUCAACAGAAGGCAACUGCAUUGACCAUGUCACAACUUCUUCAAAUUUCAUUCAGCAGCCAUUUGAUGAUGAUCCUGACAAAGAGAAAAAAAUUAAGGAACUUGAGCUGUUGCUUAUGUCGGCUGAGAAUGAAAUCAGGAGAAAGAGAGUCUCAUCUCAAGCUGGAAAUUUUUCUAACUGGUCUGGAGGCUUCAUCAUGGAAGAUAGUAUGACAAAUGCCCUAAAUGGCCUUGGGGAACAAACAAAUGACUUCUAUAAUCUGGAUGAAACCCAGACUGCAACAGCUCAGCAGAACUCUCCUACCAAAUAUUUGGCUGUGGAGGCAAAUGCGGUUUUGUCAUCUCUACAGACCAUUCCAGAAUUUGCAGAGACGCUAGAACUCAUUGAGUCUGAUCCUGUAGCAUGGAGUGACGUCACCAGCUUUGACCUCUCUGAUGCGGCUACGUCCCCUGUCAGUCAAGCUCCAGUAAAACUAAUGCGGAUUCAGCACAAUGAUGGGGCCAUGGAGUGCCUUAAUGUAAGUGUUGUACUAGAUGGCAAAAAAUCAAGUGACGACGAAGAGUCAGCAUCUCCAACUACAGCCAAGUUCAGUACUCCUCCAACUAUUUUGCGCAAGAAGAAGAAAACUAGAACUGGACUGUCACCAUCAGCCAAUGAACAGAACGAUGGUUCAUGUAGCAAUGGUUCCAAUUUUGCACUAAAACAAACACCAGUGAAAACACUACCCAUUUUCUCCUCCCAGUUCUUCAACACCUGUUCUGGAAAUGAGCAGUUUAACAUUGAAAAUCCCGCCUUUACAUCAACUCCCAUUUGUGGCCAAAAGGUUCUUAUUACCACACCUUUACAUAAUAAAGAAGUAACACCCAAAGAUCAAAAAGAAAAUGCAGGUUUUAGGACACCUACUAUUAGAAGAUCGCUGCUAGGUACAACACCAAGGACCCCUACUCCAUUUAAGAAUGCUUUAGCUGCUCAAGAAAAAAAAUAUGGUCCUCUGAAAAUUGUGUCACAGCCCCUUGCCUAUCUGGAAGAAGAUAUCAGAGAAGUUUUAAAGGAGGAAACUGGAACAGAUAUCUUCUUCAAGGAAGAAGAGGAUUCUUUCUACAAGGGCUGCAAACUAGAGAAUCCUUCUGUGAAGAAAGUCAGGAAGUCAUUAGUUUUGGAUCCUUGGGAAAAAGAAGAGCUCGGUGCCCAGUUUUUCACAGAAGACAGUGUUCCAGAUGUACAGUCAGAAAAUAUAUAUACUACAUCCCUCCUGAUGAUUCCAUUAUUGGAAAUACAUGACAAUAGAGGCAGUAGGACUCCAGAGAAACAGGAUUCCAGUUCAACAAAGCUGAAUGUAGCAAUGAAGAAAAAGCAGAAUACUUGCACUUCAAAAAAUGUCAAAACAGAAAAAACCUUCCAGGCCAAUUGUGAAUGGGAAGCUGUUGUUUAUGGGAAGACCGAAGAUCAGCUUAUUAUGACUGAGCAAGCAAGAAGAUAUCUGAGCACCUAUACAGCUACUGGCAGCACUUCAAGGGCUCUGAUCUUGUGAUGGUCCCUAAAUGUAGCAAUCUACCUUUUUCCUUUAUACUACAGACUUUAUACUGAGAUUUCCCCCCAGUAAUGUAUGUAUGGAUACUUUUUUGAGUUGAGGCUGCAUUAUAAGGGAGAACUUAAGUCUUUUUUUAAACCUUUUUUAAAAGCAAGUUUAAUUGGUCUUUUAAAAGACCACUCUAAAGAAAAUGGUGAAAGGAAUAUUUUUUUAAGCCGUUUUUAAAAUUCUUUAUACAUUUCUCUUGUUCUUAAGAAGCUUUUAAUGUAGAGUAGGUUUACAGGUACUCAGUGAUCUGUAAAAGAAAAACAUUACACAACUCCUUGAGAAUGCUUUUGCUUAAACGCAUUUGUUUAUGUAGCAAUUUUUAUAAACACAAAAGAAAGACUAAAGGAAGAAUAGAAAGUUGCACUACUAGAACUAGGUAUGCUGCACAAAAUUAACUACAGUGUUAAAUGUAUUUAUUUUAGAAUGGUACUUCUAAUAAGAGUAGACAAAGGGAAGAAUUUAAUUUUUAUUAGGAUAAAGCAUCAGUAUUCAGAAAUCUCAAACUGAGACCAUUGUUGAAUGUAUUGUACAGCAUGUGGGAGCAGGAAGACUUUUGUAAAUUUGGAAGGGGGUUUGUUUUUUAAUUUAUUUUCAUUUUAAAGCUUAAGGCUGCAAUCUCACCAAGUGCUCGCAUAUUCCUGCUGCUUUGCAAAACAACACAAACUCAGGAGGAAGCCAGGACAAACUUGCUCUUGCUUGCAGAUUGGAGAGGAGUAGUAUCAUAACACCCACUUCUCAGAGACAACACCUUUAAGCACUGCUGGCCCUUGCUCCUCCUUUCCAUUGUUGUAACCUCAGCCUUAUGCAGUGUUUUUAUACACAGUCCAUUCUGCUAGUUUUUGAGAUGAACUACAUCCCCUUGUUAUCCUUUCCCCAUAGAAGCAGCAGUCCUGACCAACUCCUCAGUCUUUUCUUGAAUAUGAGUCUAAAGCUAACCUGCCAGUUGAGCCCCAUUCGCCUUCUAGUCUGUGAAGUCUUUGGGACUGCCUUAAUUUUGGUAGGACGCUUAAGAACUUUCCAGUAUAUAUCAGUCAGGGGCAUUAAGAAGAAGAAGAAAUAAAUGUGUAUUUUGUUUCUGCAGUGGGAUUACUCCUGCAAAGCUCUAACAUGGGUAGAUUGAUAGAAGAGCUCUCUUUAGGUCAGAGGAUGUGAGCAGCUUGUGACAGUGAAGAAUCAGUCUCUUAAAAGAUGAUGCUCAUAUUCUCAGUUGCAGGUUGUGCCUUUUGACAGGGAUGAUAGCAUCUUGCUUCUGGUGGUGACUGUUGAUCCUACAAAUAGCCCAGGGAAGGGAAGGAGAGCAAGGCCCCAAUAUCGUAUGAAGUAUCAGAAUUGACUGUGUCAUGAAACAUUGUACCUUGCAGAAGUUAACAAAUGGAAAAUGGGAGAGGAAGCUCAGUUGGGCUGGCCUUUUACAGCAGUUGCUCUGACUUGCUCUCAGUCUCCACAAAUGCAUCAUAUUUUACCUGAGGAGAUAGAUUGGAAUGGUGGUGGUACCUGAGCUGUCUGUUGGCUAAGGGGUGUCUCUGAAGAUAUCCUACUAUUCCUAAUCAAAUCAAAGCAGGAAUAAAAGGAAGUGGCCUGUGGUAUGUCUCAGAAGAAGCACGGUGCAAGGUAUAAACACAUCUCUGUGUGAAAGAGACUUCCUCUUUUCUGUUUUUUUCCUGAGCUGUGUAAACACUGUGAAAGUGGCAAAAGGGAGAAUGAGCAUCCUUUCUGAAGGAUGGUGGUGGAGGAUCAGCUGCUAUGGCAGGAUGCGUGAAGUAUCUGGGUUGCUCUGCGAAUGCCAGCCCCAGAAGUGGGUCUAUGCAGGCACAAACGAUACAAAGGAUUGCAGCCUCAGUGUGCAGAUAUAUAUAUAUAUGUAUGCAGGUUGUCUAGAAGCGGAUGUUGUUUUCCUGGUAAAUAGCUCCAGCAAAAAUGAGAAAGAGCGAAUUUUAACCUUGGUGCAUGGAAUAGCAGUGAGAUUGCAUGCUGUGAAAUACAUGAAUUUGCAUUUCAUCUAUUCGAGAUUGCACUAUUCCCUUUUAAAUCAUGUUGGUCUAAUAUAGUAGUUUUAAAGUUCAGCUUAGUUAUACUACAAAUAUUCCAGGACCUUGGUUAUUAAAGGGAUACAUUGUGUAGGGACAGAACAAGAGGACAUGCUAUGUCUCACCUUGUAGCCCUAUUUAGGAAUCAACACCAAUGCAUUACAUUACACCUCUGAAAGAAAUAAGAGUCGGCUCAUAUAGUUAUUUUUCUUGACACAAGCAGCCGUGGACUUUCCUUGGCCACAUUUUGUGCUUGCUUAAGUGUGGAGAGAUGUUGGUGUGAACUGGGCUGUAGAUUGGUUAGUUGCAGUGGUUUCUGCAAUUGUGUUCUGGGAGAAGUGCCAACACAGUCACAGAGUUGCUGUUGGCUCUGUCUCUGUACAGCUCAAGUCACCCUCAAUUUUCCCCACCUACCCUGUGUGUGGGCCUGCACAUCACUAAGGAUGAUCUAUGGUUACUUGCGCUUAGGCUGUGAACUCUUUCUAAAACCAUUUAUGCCUGCUCUUGGGUGCCUCAACGACCCCAUUACAAAACUGUUUAAAAUGAAAAUUCAUUUUCCCCUUAAUAUUUGUACAUGCUUCUAAUCUUCACAGGUUACAGCAGUUGCUUCAGUUUACCUGCUUUAGACAUUUGCACUUAUUUAUGUCUGAUUUGAAGGAAUGUCUUAGUUUUGCUUGUUGUAGCUGUUGUUUUUUUUAGUUAAUUUCUUGCGAAACAUAAUGGUGUGCUGUCAACCUUAAUACUGACAGGAAAAUAGAAUUGUGUACUGUAGGUGUUAUCUAUUUAUAAAUCUGACACUCUUCCUCUCCACUCCUGGGUGUGCUGCUAUAGAUACUAGCAGAAUCUGCUUGCUGCUAUGAGAGAUGGAAAGAGCGAGCAUCAUAUGCACUGUAUGUAAAAUGACAAAUAGAAUGAUGGCAUGUUCUGAAGCUAAACUGUUAUCAACUGUUGCUGUGCAUGGAGAAACACAAUUACCAGAAAGAAACCUGAUACCACAUAACACCAAGAACUCUAAAAAUGAUAUUCCUUAUUUUAAUAUGGUGUGUGUGUGUGUGGUAUGUAAAGCAAUCUCUGACGUUAGCAUACUUAAAUACAGCUUAAGGCCCCGUAUCAUAGUUAUUUAUUUAUUAUUUUAAAUGGAUAUUUAUAUAUAGGAAUAUUCACCUCGCUGCCUUUAAUAGGCACUCAAAGUUUUUAUCCAGUUUUAAAACUGUUAGCGUUUUUUCUGAUCAGCUCUGUUGAUAAGAGGAUUAUUCUUCCUCUUCAAAAUGUGAGAAGCCAGUUUGGGAUUCCCUUUGGCAUUGUUGGUUUUGGUGUGUUCUCUCUUCAGUAUGUUUCUUUAGAAGAUUCCCCACCUGAAGCACAAAGGAGUUAAGUGAUGUGAUUAGCAUAGUAAGACUGUAAUUCAGAGAACCAUUCCUACCGUGGCUUUUGACUUUUGCCGUCUUUUUAAUCACAGCCUACCCACCUCAAGGCCAUGUGGCAAGCUACAGUCAUGAUGGCUGUUUUAAGUAGUAUGUGUGUGUUAGCCUCUUGUCCUUCUGGGUAUACACAAGCGCUUAGCUGUAUUUAAAAUGUGUUCUCUGGAUUACAACCAUUAUGCCAAGAUCCAAAGAGUGUGUGCACCAGUGCUGCCUGGAUUUUCCAAUUCUAGCUUUAGUUUCUUGUGCUACGUUGGAAGAUUCUCUGGAGAGUCCCUGACUUUCUGGAGUAGUUCUUGGGAGGACAAGGCAUAGCAGGGGACUGGUUUGUGGGGGAACAAAGUUCUGCAGUGUACACACAAACACUGCCUGCAGCUCUUUGGGCUGACUCCAUGUCUUCAUCUAUUAUGCUUAAAAGAUUUGCUGCUUUGCAGGAGGUAUGCAAAUUAUUUGUAUUUUUCUUUUUAAAUGGUACCAAAGCCUCCAGUACCAAGGUUUAACAUAGGUCUCUGGUAAGUAGUACAAACUGGAGCUGGUAUUGGUUGAAUCUUUCAUUUAAUUGCUUUCGUGUUGCUUUUAGCAAAAAGAAAUAAAUAAAAGGUUUUGAACCUUUGCCAUGUUAGAUAUAUUUUGAUACUUUUGCAGUCUUAGGUGCAUUUGCAAUUUUUAAAAUAUAUAUAUAUAUAAGUAGAAUACUGUAUACCUGCAGCAGCCAAACAUGCAUGUUGGAAAAUGACAGCAUCUGUUCAUAUUUACGUUUCUAAAGUUUUGACUCUAAUUAUAAGAUGAAUAUCUUUGACGUUUUGUUGUGUUUUGUUAUUUUACUGCAGAUUUUGUUUCACUUAAAAGAAUCUUGCAUACAAAGCAGGAGACCUUAACACAGAAAUAAAAACAUUUAUGUACAUAUCUACUGGACAUUUACUUCUGGGAAAUAAGUGAAAUCUGUAUUGAUACUUUGUUUGAUUCCUAAAUGUGAAUCAUGCUUUCAUAUAGAGAAUUACCCAACAUUGGAACAAGUUACUUUAAGCUUUUUGAUAGUAUGGAGACUUACUGGAAAUUCCAUUUUUUUGGCUUGCUCUGGGCUAUGGGGGCUUCUUCUGACAAUGGCAAGAUUGGUAUUGAGUGUGGAGGAAAGGAUCAAGGAAAGCUAGAUUGAGGACGUUGGGAGAAAAAUUGGGCAACAUAUGGGGCAUGUACAGCAACAAACUAAGAUCUCAGUUGACGGAAUGAGGGAUAAGAAAAUGGAAGCCAACAGAUAGUGUUUAUAGAUGUCAGUUGGGGAUUUAAAAUGGGUUAACAGAUGGGUGAAGAGAGUUGGUGCGUCUGUAAGAGAGACGGUGUGGGGAGCAGAAAGAUAUCAGAAGACAGCCAAAUCUGAGAUACAUUCAAAAGAAUGAGAAACAAAAACUUUGCAAAGCAGAACAAAGAAAGUAGAUGAGGUAAAAUAAGAUGUAAAUUGAAUGAAAUAAUGAAAUUAUUUGUCUUUGUUUCUCUUUGAAAAGUUUAAAUUUGACUGGUAGUUAUUUGACAUUUUGUAUGCUUGUGUGACAUACACAAACCUCUGAAGUCUAAAAGCCUGUGUAUUUGUAAAAUUUGAUACAUACCCCAUAAAAUAUAUCCAUCCCCAUCUUUGUUCAAGAUACAGCAGGUCUUGUAUGAGUGGAGAGCAUUUUUUUAAAAAGCAAUACGUCACCAAGCUGCUUGGAUUGAUGCAUAUAUUUUCAGGUUGCAAAGAACAAAACAAGGUACUUUCCAGUUUCCAGAUGUUUCAGUCAUCUAUGUCUGAUUCAUAACUGGAAGUCUGCCUUUAUUUAUAUAUAAAAGUCAACAAAAGUUUAUGAAUGAGUUCAGUGUACUCAGAAGCACUAAGAAGAGCAGUAUGACAGUGUUCCCAGAGCCUGCCACACCAGAAGUGGACCAGAUCAACUUGUGAGUGUUAUCUUGGCCUGCCUUGGCAAACAGCCAGACGUUGUGUAUGCUAGACACCAGAUGGCAUGCCAUUAUGAGCGUGACAAGUGGGUCAUCUGGCACGCUCUUUGUGGGAUUGUUGUUACUGCAUAAUUUUUGGCGGGAACAAAACUUCCUUUUCCCUUUUUGAAAAAAUUAACUGUUUCAACAGCUAAUAGGUUUUUUACUGGAAGUAUGCUCCUCCGUGUUCCUUCUCCACACAUAUUCAUAUUCUCUCUUUUUUGUGAACGGCUGUAGAUGGAAUACCUUACCUAACAAUAAAAAUUAUAUUUCAUUUUG